UGAUGGGGACCUGAAAUAUCCAUGACCUACCCAAUCCAGCUGUGACUAAUCACUCAGCCCAGGACACGCGUGGAGAACAUGGAGGACGACUUCCGGCCGCAGGUGAAAAAGGUGGCUGUGGCGAUGGGCGCGUCCCUCACAGAACAGGAGGUAGACCGUAUGCCACGGGACAUGAGAAUGCAAGGGAACUUCAACUACAGCAGGUUUCUGGAGUACAUGAGGCAGUUCGAGACCUCGGAGCAAAGAGAGGAGGCCAUCAAGAAGGCCUUCAUGAUGCUCGACAAAGACGGCAGCGGCUACAUAGAGUGGAACGAGAUCAAGUACAUUCUGUCGACAGUACCGGCUGCGAGCCCGUUGGCUCCCCUCUCCGAUGAGGAGGCGGAGGCCGUGAUCCAGGCUGGCGACGCUGAUGGAGACGGACGCAUCGACUACAGAGAGUUUUCAGACAUGGUGAAGAUGGAGAAGAAACCGAGGAAGUAGAGGUCACGUGGUUAAUCCGUACUACCAAGAAGAUACGAGGAGAGGAAGACGAUCUGCCCUCCUUAAAGAAUGCUCUGCUUCCUUCUGUAGAUCAACACUUGAGAGAUUGUGAAGAUUGUGAUCACUUUGCUAAAUGAAA